AUGGCAUCGACAGCUUAUGCACCUCCAGCUCCCGCAGCAGUAGAACGGAAGCAGCAACAGGUUUUGGCAGCCGAUACUAGUGGCACAUUGCAGCUCGCUCUCCAGAACAGGACUAACUCGAGCAACGUGUUUGCUUACAUCACUGGGCUAUCCAUUGUCGACGGGAACAGGCCCAUCUUCAUUCAGGCCGACGGCAGGACCGUCUAUUCCCCUCCAUCACCUGAACAUCCACUAGCCAACGUCGCAGCAGACGUUGCUAUCCCCCUCGGCGCUCCAGGCAAUACCGUGACCGCAACAAUCCCCAAGAUAGCCGGAGGUCGUAUCUGGUUUGUAAUCGACGCACGCCUAACAUUCUUCGUAAACCCCGGCCCCAACAUCGUCAAUCCCAGCGUCACGAACCCAUCUGAUCCCAACUACAACCUGAACUGGACCUUUGCCGAGUUCACAUACAACGACCAGCAACUCUUCGCAAAUAUCUCCUACGUCGACUUCAUCAGCAUCCCCGUUGCCCUCUCCCUUACUACAGCCUCCAGCGGCACCCUCAGCGUCCCAGGCAUGGGCACUGACGGCUUCCAGCGCGUGGUCGAUGAGAUGCGCGCACAGACGCAGCGUGACGGGAAGCCGUGGGAUCAGCUGAUCUUCAGCAUCAACGGGGUGCCGCUGCGCGUGCUCAAUCCGACAAAUCUGCUGGCCGAGAACGGGAACGCGUGGAGUAACUACUGGGACGGCUAUGUGAGCGCGGUGUGGGAGAAGUACCGCAACGAAGACCUGACUAUCAACACCCAAGCGGCCGCGGGUAAUAUCACGGGACGGGUGGUGGGGAAUGAAUUGCAACUCGGCGCCGCUGGCUCCUUUUCGCCGCCCAGCUCAGCAGAUAUCUUCACAUGCUCCACCGGCCCAUUCCAGACAGGUCAGAAUCUGGCGCGCGACGGCGUUAUUCCACGAUUGGCGGCCGCAUUCAACAGGUCUCAGUUGCUAAAUACGCCGGGCAACCAAUUCCCGAAUGGUGGGAAUCCGAGCGUGUACUACCAAGACGUGACGACGAAUCAUUAUAGUCGGGCGGUGCAUGCGGUGCAGAGAGAUGGGAGGGGGUAUGCAUUUCCUUACGAUGAUGUUGUGCCGGAUGGUGGACAAGACGUUGCGGGGACGCUGCAUGCGGAGGAUCCGCAGGUUUUCACUAUUGCGGUUGGAGGGAACUAG